AUGGUUGUACUGGCUCCAAUCACUACUCUCAUCAUGCACGGCUUCAAUCUGCUAGCAGGGGCUUCCCUACUACCAGCUGCCUAUGGCGCUUUCUCAACAUCCGCCAAGCCCUCACACGCAAGCUCAGCGGCCUCUUCUACUUCUCCGGCAUACUCCCAGUUCACCAUCCCGGUGGAGGCUGACGCUGGUGCUCAGCUGAUUGCCAAUAUCGAUGACCCAGAGGCCAUUGAUGCACAGAAGGCCUGUCCGGGAUACAAAGCGUCGAAUGUCAAGGAGUCGGCGCGUGGAUUGACCGCUACUCUGACCCUGGCGGGCGAAGCUUGCAACGCCUACGGAACAGACGUGGACUCUUUGGACCUUUCAAUUGACUACCUCGCUCAUGACCGUCUGAACGUCCAAAUUGUCCCGACUUAUAUUGAUUCAUCGAACGCGUCCUGGUUCUUGUUGGAUGAGCACACCGUCCCCCGGGCCAGCGCUGCCGAGCACGCAUCCAAGGAGCAGAGUGACCUGGAAAUCACUUGGGCUAAUGAGCCUUCUUUCCACUUCAAGGUGACCCGUAAGGCCACCGGCGAUGCCAUUUUUGACACCACUGGCUCGACUCUGGUUUAUGAAAACCAGUUCAUCGAAUUUGUCACAGCCCUGCCUAAGGAUUAUAACCUCUACGGUAUUGGAGAGCACAUCCAGCAGUUGCGCCUCUUGGACAACUUGACUUUGACUCUCUAUGCAUCGGAUAUCGCAGACCCCAUUGACACUAAUGUCUACGGCUCUCAUCCUUUCUACUUGGAUACUCGUUACUACGAAGUCGAUGAGCAGGGUAAGCACACGAUCGUUGCCAGCGAUAAGGCCGACCAGUCCAAGGAUUACGUCUCCUACUCACACGGUGUCUUCUCCCGAAACGCCCAUGGUCAGGAGGUUAUUACCAAGCCCGAGGCCCUGAAGUGGCGCACACUGGGUGGUAGCAUUGAUCUCACCUUCUACUCCGGACCCAGCCAGGCGGAGGUUACCAAGAACUACCAGCUCAGCACGAUCGGAUUACCAGCCUUGCAGCAAUACUUCACUCUUGGAUUCCACCAGUGUCGCUGGGGUUAUAACAACUGGACCGAGCUUGAAGAUGUUGUCAACAACUUCGAAAGAUUCGGAAUUCCACUCGAGACAAUUUGGAAUGAUAUCGACUACAUGCACGGGUACCGCGACUUUGAGAAUGACAAAAACCGUUAUUCGUACAGCGAGGGCGAAGAGUUCUUGGAAAAGCUACAUGCAAGCGGUCGCCAUUAUGUUCCUAUUGUGGACUCUGCUCUUUACAUUCCCAACCCCAACAACGCCUCCGAUGCCUAUGAUACCUACACCCGGGGCCACAAAGAUGAUGUCUUCAUCAAGAAUCCCGAUGGAAGCGAAUACAUUGGAGCUGUCUGGCCUGGUUAUACCGUUUUCCCCGACUGGCACAACCCGAAGACCAACGAUUUCUGGGCCGACGAGAUUGUGGCCUACCACAAAAAAGUGGCCAUUGACGGUAUCUGGAUUGAUAUGAGCGAGGUUUCCUCGUUCUGUGUCGGAAGCUGUGGUUCUGGCAACCUAAGCAUGAACCCAUCCCACGGCCCCUUCGCUUUGCCCGGGGAGCCUACCAAUGUGAUCUACGAUUACCCUGAAGGAUUUGAAUUGACCAACAAGACUGAAGCCGAGUCUGCGGCGUCAGCUUCAUCUAGCCAAGCUGCUGCCGCUGCGACUGCCUCGUCCUCGGUCUCUUACCUGCGAACCACACCCACCCCUGGAGUUCGCAACGUCAACUACCCCCCAUACGUCCUCAACCACGAUCAAGAUGGUCACGACCUCAACUCGCAUGCUGUGGCCACGAAUGCCACCCAUCAUGACGGUGUGCAGGAAUACGACGUUCACAACCUGUUCGGUCACCAAAUCCUGAAUGCAACCUACCAUGGUCUCUUGAAGGUCGAUGAAAGCAAGCGGCCCUUCAUCAUCGGCCGGUCAACCUUUGCUGGCUCUGGCAAAUGGGCUGGUCACUGGGGCGGCGACAACGCAUCCAAGUGGGCUUACAUGUUCUUCUCGAUCCCGCAAGCCCUGUCGUUCUCUCUCUUCGGUAUCCCGAUGUUCGGUGUCGACACUUGCGGCUUCAAUGGUAACUCCGACGAAGAGCUUUGCAACCGCUGGAUGCAACUUUCAGCCUUCUUCCCCUUCUACCGAAACCACAACACUCUUUCCUCUAUCCCACAGGAACCCUACGUUUGGAGCUCGGUGAUUGACGCCACCAAAGCAGCCAUGAAGAUUCGUUACGCCAUUCUUCCUUACUUCUACACCCUCUUCCAUGAAGCCCACACCACCGGUUCAACCGUCAUGCGCGCCCUGUCCUGGGAAUUCCCCACCGAUCCCUCUCUUGCCGCGGUGGACACCCAAUUCCUGCUCGGUCCUUCGAUCAUGGUCGUGCCCGUCCUGGCACCCCAAGCUACUUCUGUCAAGGGUGUCUUCCCGGGCCUCAAGAAUGGCGAGGUCUGGUACGACUGGUACACCCAGACACCUGUGGAUGCCGAACCCGGCGUGAACACCACUAUCCCCGCUCCUCUGGGCCAUAUCCCUGUCUUCGUGCGCGGUGGCAGCGUCCUCCCUAUGCAGGAGCCCAAGCUCACCACCAAGGAGUCUCGCGAAUCCCCCUGGUCCCUGCUCGCCGCGCUAAGUGGCAACGGCACCGCUUCUGGCUCUGUUCAUCUCGAUGAUGGAGAGAGCAAUGUUCCUGACGACAGUCUUGAUGUUACCUUCCAUGUCGAGGCAUCUAGCCUCAGCGCCAAGGCGACCGGGUCUUGGAAGGAGUCGAACCCUCUCGCUAACGUCACUGUUCUGGGUGUUGCCAAGCAGCCCGGUGCUGUCGAGUUCAAUGGCAAGGUCGUCCCCACUUCGUCUGUGCAGUACAAUGCUACAUCGCAUGCUUUGACUGUGGGUGGCUUGGACGAGCUAACCGAGGAGGGUGCGUUCAGCGAGGACUGGACCCUGAAGUGGUAG